GAGGCCAACCACGAGAUUAGUGUAGAGUAAUCUUCACCCACUGCACCAGCAUCGGACAAGGGAAAGGCGAGCACUCCCAAGCUCUCGCCAUGGCCUCCGCCAGCGAGCACACGGUGGCGCUUCUCGCCGAGGGACAAGAGGAAUACACCACCGACGGGUCCCUUGAUUUUAAUGGGAACCCGGCGCUGAAGCAUCGCACGGGUGGAUGGCGAGCAUGCCGCUCAGUUCUCGCUACGGAAUUCUGCUACUGCCUGGCGUACAACGCCAUUUCUUCCAACCUCGUCACCUACCUCACCGGCGUCCUGGGACAGAGCAACGUCGCCGCCGCCAGGAACGUGUCCACCUGGCAGGCCACGUGCUUCCUCAUGCCCAUCGCCGGCGCCGUCGUCGCCGACUCCUACUGGGGAAGGUACCGCACCAUGGUCGUCUCCUGCUCCGUCGGCGUCGCGGGCAUGAUCAUGACAGCGCUGUCGGCGUACCUGCCACUCCUCGUCAAGAACGACGCUUCGUUCACCUCGUCCAACGUGGUGUCGGCUCAGGAGUCUGUCCUGUUUCUCGGCCUCUACAUGAUCGCCGUCGGGCUAGGCGGCCUCCGCCCUUGCCUCAUGUCCUUCGGCGCCGACCAGUUCGACGACGGCGACCCGUCGGAGCGCGUGCACAAGGGCUCCUUCUUCAACUGGUACGUGUUCAACAUGAACUGCGCGUCGCUCAUAUCCAGCACCGGCAUCGUGUGGGUGCAGGACCACUACGGCUGGCCGCUGGGCCUGACCAUCCCGGUGGCGGUUCUGGCCGUCGGGCUCUUCUUCCUGGUUGCGGCGUCACGGGCGUACAGGUUCCAGCGAACCCGCGGUAGCCCACUCACCAGAGUCUGCCAGGUUGUUGUCGCCGCCGUCAGGAACUUUGCUGUUGAUCCGCCAGCCGACAGCUCUCUCCUGUACCAGAUGCCCGAAGACGACGGUGCUAUGAAAGGAGCUCAGAGGAUCGAUCACACCGCUGAUCUCCGAUUCUUUGACAAAGCGGCCACUGUGGCGGUUUCGGACAAGGAGGCGGCUGCGCUGGCGCCGUCCAGCCCGUGGAGGCUGUGCGCCGUGACGCAGGUGGAGGAGCUCAAGAUUCUCGCGCGGAUGCUGCCGCUCUGGGUGACCAUCGUGUUCUUCUACGCCGUGUCGGCGCAGGUUUCGUCGACGUUCGUGGAGCAGGGCAUGGCGAUGGACACCGCCGUCGGCUCCGUGCGCGUCCCGCCCGCAUCCAUGUCCACCUUCGACAUGCUCACAAUCGUCCUACUGGUCCCACUCUACGACCGGGCGUUCGUGCCGGCGGCCAGGCGGCUGACCGGGAGGGAGAAGGGCCUCUCGGAUCUGCAGAGGAUCGGCGCUGGCCUCGCCAUGCCCGUGCUUGUGAUGGCCGCCGCGGCGACCGUCGAGACGGUGCGCCUACGCGCGUUUCCGGGGAAGAUCAGUGAGCUAUGGCAGGCACCCCAGUACGCGCUGGUGGGUGUCGGCGAGGUGCUCACCACCAUCGGGCAGCUCGACUUCUUCUACAACCAGGCGCCACCGGCUAUGAAGACCGUGUGCACGGCGCUCGGGUUCCUUGCGAUAGCGGCGGGCAACUACCUCAGCUCGUUCAUACUGACGGCGGUGCAGUGGGCGACGACUACCGGCGGCCGCCCCGGGUGGAUCCCCGAUGACCUGAACGAGGGGCAUCUCGAUCGCUUCUUCUGGAUGAUAGCCGGACUGGGCUGCCUGAAUCUGAUGGCGUAUGUGAGCUGCGCCGUGAGGUACAAAUACAGAAAGGCUUGCUGAUUUUUCA